AACUUCCGGGUACGUCUUGGGGUCAGCGGAACUGAAGUCCCUCCUCCCUGUUGUAAAUACCCGGUUGUUUUGAUAGCGACGCACAGUGCACACCGGAGAGACCGCGGGGAGACAUGGCGGUGGAGAACGGAGUCCGCGACACGAGGGGAGCUGCCUCAGCAGACAGCAGCAGCAGCAGCAGCAGCAGCAGCCGACAGGACGGUCCCGGGGGGCUGUGGGACUCUGUGAAGAAGGCGGCCGUCGUCAUCGGAUCUGGGAUCUUGCUCUUGGCUGCAUUUGGCAACUCGCUGACAUGGCACAUGCAGAGAUUCUGGGGAGCGUCGGGGGAUUUCUGGCAGGACCUGUGGACCAAGCUGCACGUGACGUUAGAGGGUCAUCACACUGCUUUGUUCUACCUGGGGACGAUGCUGGUUCCCACUCUGGCCUUCUGGGUAACGAACGCUCUGCUGCUGCUGGUGGACACCACCGGUAAACCCUCCUUCAUCACCCGCUACCGCAUCCAGCCGGACAAGAACAACCCGGUGGACUCGGCUAAGCUUCGGCAUGCGUUGAAGACGGUCGUCUUCAACCAGGUGUUCGUCUCGGGGCCCAUGGUGGUGGUGGCCUACUACCUGAUGACCCUGUGGGGGGACCCCUGUGACCCCGAGCUGCCCACCUUCCACCGGGCCCUGCUGGAGCUGGCUUUCUUCACCAUCUUGGAGGAAAUUAUUUUCUACUAUUCGCACAGGCUGUUCCACCGCCCCGGCCUCUACAAGCGUUUCCACAAACAGCACCACGAGUGGACCGCUCCCAUCGGAGUCGUGUCCAUUUACGCUCAUCCCCUGGAGCACAUGAUCUCCAACAUGCUGCCGGUGGCUCUGGGGCCGGUGUUCCUGGGCUCCCACCUGACCACCACCUGCAUGUGGUACUCCCUGGCUCUGAUCAGCACCACCAUCUCCCACUGCGGGUACCACCUCCCCUUCCUCCCCUCCCCCGAGUUCCACGACUUCCACCACCUCAGGUUCAACCAGUGCUUCGGGGUCUUCGGCGUGCUGGAUCGGCUCCACGGCACCGACGCCAAAUUCCGUGAGACCAAACAGUACGAGCGCCACUCGCUGCUCACCGGGCUCACCCCUCUGAACGAGAGCAUCCCCGACACGCCCAAGAAGGGCCUUUGAUGACCGGUGACCCCCGUGACCUUUUUUUGAUUCUGGGCUGGUGUGCUGUGGGAAGAUUAAGGUUCCCAACCUUCAGUGACCAUUAGAUUGUAAUCAUUGUGAUCCAGACGACCCCGUUGAUCGGUAUCCGACUGUGAAAGUCCACCUGCACUUUUAAAUCCCCCCCCCCACCCCCCAAGUAGAAAUAUUGCACUUUUAUUACACAUGCAGAUUCCUGAUAAGGUAAAAGAUGUACGAAUCUGAUGGUCGAUGAACAUGAAAACAAAUAAUUUGUCUUUAAUUCACUCUGCUGCCAUAACCUCCAUCCACAUGUUCUCUCUACCCAUAACACCUUGUGUUUUUAAGGGGUUCAUGCCUGCUAAGUUAUUAUUUCACCUUGUUAACCUGCUUUUCUUAAUGAGUCUUAAAGCUUAAAACGUGAGGAGCGUCUCUUAGAAACACAUGCACAUUGAUCUUCAUUCUUUUAAACGCAUGCACAUUGAUCUUCAUUCUUUUAAACGCAUGCACAUUGAUCUUCAUUCUUUUAAACGCAUAUUUAUAAGUAAUAUUUAGUUAACAGCACGUCCGGACUUUUCUGUCGCGUUCAAGAGCACUUUUUAUUUCCUCGAAUGUAAAAAUGUGUCUUGUAAUAUUGAGUGUUUAAUAAUAAAAAUGUAAUUAAGAGAUGUA